GAGACAAGCCCCGUGUAACCCGUAUCACGUGAUUCGCUUCUUUAUCAUAUAAACCAACUGACGUGCCCAACUUUUCAUUAUUUUCGAGAGCUGUGAGGAACAGACUGUGCUCGUCAGGCCGUCAGAUCUUCCCACAAAGUCCCACGAACAGCAGGCCAUGGCGAUCGAGUGCUGUAAGAGCUUCGUUCUCCGUUUGACCGCUGUUGUUCUCAUUUUGACAACAGGGGUCGUAGCAGCGCCUUUCAAAGCAUAUGACAAAGACCAGGCGUCCCUACGUUUCAUGGUGCUGGGGGACUGGGGAGGGCUCCCAGCCUACCCCUACAGGACAGGGGUGGAGAAGGAUGUAGCAGCCAGGAUGGGGAAGGUAGCGGAGACCAUGGACUACAAGUUUGUCCUGGGCCUGGGGGACAACUUCUACUUUGAUGGCGUACAGAACGAGUUCGAUAAAAGAUUCCAGGAAACUUUUGAGGAUGUCUUCACAGCGAAGUCAUUGGACAUUCCCUGGUACUUCAUCGCUGGCAACCAUGACCACAACGGCAACGUCUCGGCUCAGAUAGCGUACACGAAGAGGGCAAAUAAGAGGUCAAAUAAAUGGAACUUCCCAAGCCUGUACUACAGCCUGAACUACACUGUGCCUGGUACCAACACUACGGUCACCAUCAUCCAGUAUGAUUCCAUCACUCUGUGUGGGAACACAGACGACUUCGAGGAUGGGCUACUGAUGGGGCCGGAGAAUCUCCAAGUAGCUACGACUCAGCUGGAAUGGCUGGAACAACAGCUGAAAGCUACAAAAUCGGACUAUGUGAUCGUCACUGCUCACUAUCCCGUGUGGUCUGCAGCGGAACAUGGACCAACCAAGUGUCUGGUGCAACAGGUGAAGCCGCUAUUGGAGCAUUACGGUGUCACGGCGUACUUCAGCGGGCAUGACCACAAUCUUCAGCACUUGAAGGAGGAGGACUCAGAUGUGGAGUACUUCGUCAUUGGCUGUGCUAACUUCAUCGACACCUCUCAGAAACACAAGGAGUCUGUACCCAAGGACUCUCUGAAGUUUAUUUGGGCGGAGGACAAGGGAAGGGGGGGCUUUGCUCAAGUGCAGGUCACUGAAGAGGACCUGACGUUCACGUUUUUGGAGUCCGAAGACGGCAAGGAGUUGUAUCAGAGAGUCAUGAAGCCAAGGAAGUUGAAGUAAAGCAAAGUUUUGUGAAGCCAAUACUCUGCCUGCCUUAACAGUAGCAUAGUUUCCAGUCUUGCUUGUAACAGUCACUAUCAUGGGAGGGGGUAACGGAUGUUGGAAACUAACAAGACUAGAAAUGCUGCUACCCAUAGUGUUCAAUAAUUUUCUAUGCUAGAUUACUAACGGUAAACCUGCAGAAGUGGUGUUCAGGGAAAUAGUGAUUUUUUAUGCUAGAUUACUAACCUGCCAAAGUGUUUUAUUUUCUAUGCUAGAUUACUUAGCUGCAGAAGUGUUCAGUAAUUUUCUAUGCUAGAUUACUUAGCUGCAGAAGUGUUCAGUAAUUUUCUAUGCUAGAUUACUUAGCUGCAGAAGUGUUCAGUAAUUUUCUAUGCUAAAUAACGCUGCAGAAGUGUUCAGUAAUUUUCUAUGCUAGAUUACUUAGCUGCAGAAGUGUUCAGUAAUUUUCUAUGCUAGAUAACUAACCUGCAGAAGUGUUCAGUAAUUUUCUAUGCUAGAUUACUAAGCUGCAAAAGUGUUCAGUACUUUUCUAUGCUAGAUAACUAACCUGCAGAAGUGUUCAGGAAAAGUAAUUUUCUAUGCUAGAUCACUAGUAUAUCUUGUCAUAAUAAUUAAAACAUGUACUUCAUGUUACUCGCCAAAAGCUUUGAAGACGAUCAUUAAUGUAGAAAAAAUGUGAAAAAAAUUGUGUUGAACAAUCAGUUGUACAUAAUCAGGAUAUGUGUCAAAUAUUUUGCAUUUUUUUGUGAUAAAACAAAAUUGUACAUACUUGGAAGUUUUACUUAGAAAUUAUAUUGAAGGAGAAGAUUUUAUACUUUGUGAUAGCCUGGAAUGCUUCAAGUUUUGCUGUAUAGGUUGUGGGUAAUAGUUACCCAAAGUGAUAUUCUAGGUCAAUUUCUAAUUUUGAAAGGAGACUUUUUAAUCCUAUCCCUGCUGCCUUACAACCCAUUACAACUAUUACAUUAGUAUGUGGAAUGAUAAGUUGCGACAUAAAAGUCCUGUAUAGAUUUAAGAUGUAUAAAGUACUUGUAAUAAGGAUCAGUCGUUCUCAGGUACGGGAAUGAUUUUUUUCUCUUAUGGAUAAAUGUAAAGGAAUUGUUUUGCUGCAAAUUGGAAUGUUUUGGGCUAGCAGUUAGAAAUAUUUGAAAUGUAGUAUUUUAAAUUCAGUGUACAUGUGUACUAUUCUUAUUAUCAUAUGCAGCAAGAAGAUUUCUGCAGGAUUUGUACAAAUAGAUUUGUUUGAUAGAUAUAUAAAUAAUAUAUUAAUUAGCAAUGUCUUUGGAUUUGCAAUAGGCACUUGGAUUGUCAUUUGAUAGAUGCCGAAGGUAAAAGUUUUAUUAAAAGGAUGUGUUUUGACUUUUACAUGGAAAAAGUUAAGUUUAAUUGAAAUGUUUUCAUGGUACUAAAUGUUAAAUUGUGCUUAUUUGAUAAAAUCUGCACUUAUGUAAUCUUUGCUUCACCUGCAACAUUACAUGUCAGAUAGAGUACUAUUUGCCUAUUCUUUUGUUGGAUAGCCUGCAACAUUGACAUUUUUGUUGGCAUCCCAGUGUUGUGAACUUCAAGUUCAAAGUUAUGUAUGUUUUGGAUGUUGGAGUCACCUUGUUGGUAUGCCGCAAUAUUAAAAUCCACCUUUAAUGAUGAUA